CGGCGAGACCCCCGGAAGACUCGGCCUGACGCACCUAAUCGCUUAGGGUGAAGAUCUCCGAUGGCCGGCGUGGCCGUGACUUCUCAGCGAGGAGGUGGCGGCGGCAGACAACCCAGCUAGGCGCCAGCGAGCUGCGGCGGGAUCGCGGGCACUGGAAGCGAAGGAAUCCGGCGUGCGAGCAGCCGGCCGGCGUGGAAACAUGGCAGUGAGCCACUCGGUGAAGGAGCGGACCAUCUCCGAGAACAGCCUGAUCAUCCUGUUGCAGGGCCUCCAGGGCCAGGUGACCACCGUGGACCUCCGGGAUGAGAGUGUGGCCCACGGACGCAUCGACAACGUCGACGCUUUCAUGAACAUCCGCCUGGCCCAGGUCACCUACACGGACCGUCGGGGGCACCGGGCUGAGCUGGAUGACCUCUUCGUAACGGGCCGAAAUGUCCGCUAUGUCCACAUCCCAGAUGACGUGAACAUCACUGCUACCAUCGAGCAGCAGCUGCAGAUCAUCCAUCGAGUGCGAAACUUCGGCAGCAAGGGCCGAGGCCGGCAGGAGUUUCCCACGAAAAAAUAUAAGUAAGGCUACAUUCUCAGCAAGUUCUAGCACCAACUCAGGUUCCUCCCGUGUUCUGAGCCAACCCUUGCUAACCCUCCCUGCCUGGAACCUGGUAUGGCACAGACAGCACUUGCCACAGCUGCCUGUCACGGGUUCCACCCCUCAGCUCGCCACCCUGGGACCCAGAAUCCUGUCUGUCUGCCUGUGACCUUGGGGUCGGUGACAAUCCCCCUUUUUGAUCAUUUGUACCCAACUAUGAUAUACUGAUUUAGGAAAUUUGUCAGGUAGUUUUCAGCUGUCUCCCAGUAAAGGUUAUUAAGUAUG